GAUCUGGAUAACAGAGGACCAAGAAGGGCAAGGGUCAGAAGACAUUGAAAACUCUCUAAUAGCAUUAUUUAUGGAGAUCCUUGGGGAUGAAGCACCAACAAAAUUUGAUUUUGAUCGGGCACAUAGAGCAAUCCGUCCACGAGUCACAGAG